AGACUGCCGGUUUGCGAAAAUUACAAGUAAUAAUACUCACAGAACAUAUGACAUAACAUUACAGUUGCUACAUACGCAUGAACAUUAUCUUUAGAUCUCUCGUGACUGUUGUAUGGCAAAAGGUCGACUUUCACAUGCUACACUGCUGACAACCUCCCUGAAGUGUGAUGUGUUCUGCCCUCAGUGUUAACUGGUAGAUAACUGAAACUGAUAUUGACUGAAGUGUGAUGUCGUGUGUCCUAAGUGUUAACUGGUAGUGUCCUAAGUGUUAACUGGUAGUGUCCUAAGUGUUAACCGGUACUGUAGAUAACUGAAACUGAUAUUGAAAACUGUUGCAGCCCGACUUAAAGAGUGGAUUAAAAACUAGGAUAUAUAUUCAAGACACUUUAUACAAGCAGGGUGCAACAGUGAUUGAAGAUAUAACCAAUUUUUUUGAAACACUUUCUCUAAUAUUUCUACUACAAGACCAUGGGAGAAGGUGGCCGAAGGUCGGCUAUUCAAGAGUUGACCUGGUCAGAAGUCCAGAAGCAUGUUUCGAGAGAUGACCGGUGGAUUGUGGUGGACGGAGAGGUUUACGACGUGACACACUGGUCCAGGAAGCAUCCUGGGGGGUCCAGACUGAUAGGCCAUUAUGCUGGGCAGGAUGCUACAGAGGCCUUCAGUGCGUUCCACAAUGAGCUGGACCAAGUGCGCAAGUACCUGAAACCCCUGCACGUCGGCACACUCAAGAAUCACGAGGACAACGAGAUGAACAAGGACUUCCGUAUGUUGAAGCAGGCAGCCAUCAAGAUGGGCCUGUUUGAGCCAAGUUUCACCUUUUACACGCUGAUACUGGCCCACAUUGUGCUGUUACUGGUCGGCUCCUAUGUGGUACUCUACAUGUACGGGAAUGUGUGGUGGGCCGUGCUUCUCUCCCUUGCGAUGUUCUCCGUUGCACAGGUGCAGGCCGCAUGGACCCAGCAUGACUUUGGACACCUGUCUGUGUUCAAGACGUCCACCCUGGACCACUUCAUGCACCAUCUUGUCAUGGGCCUGAUGAAGGGAGCCUCUGCAAGCUGGUGGAACCACAUGCACUACCAGCACCACGCCAAACCGAAUGUGAUUGACAAAGACCCUGAUGUCCGCAUAGAUCAGCUGUUUGUCGUAGGUGAGGUGAUGCCAGUCAGGGUUGCCCAAGAGAGAAAGAAAAGCAUGCCAUUUAACCUUCAGCACAAGUACUUCUUUGCCUUGGGACCUCCGCUGCUCUUCCCAGUUUACUUCCAGUAUAUGUUGUUUCGGCAUGAAGUGACCAGAAAACUUUGGAUGGAGCUGUUUAUUACCCUUUGCUUUGUUUUUGGCUUCUACUACCUGACCAUUCCGAUUCUUGGAUUGAGUACCAGUAUAGCCUUCUACUUCUCCUUUAGGUAA